CAGUCGACCCACAAGUCCUGACUGUCUGCCUGUUUGCUAGUGCUUAACGCUACAUUGCAGUAUUUCUGGAGGCGAAGUGUCGCGGGCGUUUUCUAGAAAACAUUCGCUCUCGGAUAGGACAGUGCCUUAAACGAUGCAUUAUCUGACUCAGACGGAAAAGCAGAUAUUUGUCGAUUGCAUUUUGGAAGGUGUUAGCGGUUGAAAUUGUCCUGUGGAGACACGGACAAGAGGAUGUCUGUAAGCACUGCUAUGUGCAUACCGGCUCAUGUCGAGGUCACGGAGCAAAUAUCAAAAGAACAGCUACUGGUCCAACAGCAUCUCGACGAAAAAAAAUCUCUAUGGCGGCCAAAGCAUUCUGCAACAAGCUAUAUACCAUCAAGUCGAACCGUGCUAUUACAGUGCUGCCUGUUUGACGGAUAAAAAGCUAUCACGAGCCAGAUUACAAGAUUCCACUCAAGCCGAGCUGCCCGUUGCCUGUCUGCGCAAAGGAGGUCGUAUGUAUACACAGGGAGUAUCUACUAAUUUCCACUUCCCUCCGCAGCGUACUAACACUUGCUUUGCAGCAUUCACUCUGGAAAAGAAGCUGCCAAGCGCACGCCUCUUCUCCGAGGAUAUACACGCUCUGUGUGCAUAUCCCAUUCAUAGGAAAUUGCGUUACAUUGUAACGCAAUCUCCAAAUCAUGAGAGAAUCGUGACACCUUCCAUACCAUGGUCUAGAAUGUUGAGACACAUAUCGUAGAUGUAUGCGUAAUGGUGUAAUUUUAGGUUUAAAGACUUAUUUAUUGUUUUUUUUUUUCGGUAUAAAUAGGUUAUUGGACCACCUGGACCUCCUGGACUUCCUGGAUCACCGGGAAUGACCGGCGCUCCUGGAGCAAGAGGACCUAUCGGAGAUCCCGGACCCCCUGGUGACAAAGGACCCAAGGGAGACAAAGGACCACCGGGAGGGCUUGGACCUCCUGGACCCCCCGGACCUCCCGGACCUCCGAAGAUCAUCACCAUUCCUGGACCCAAGGGACCGGUUAUGAGGCCACAAAUCAACACCGGGGGAGCAUCUGCUCUGCAGAGAGUGGGCGACCCAGGGGCAAUAGGUAGAACAGGCCGACGCGGACCUGAUGGUCUUCACGGCCUUCCUGGACCGCGCGGAGCCCCAGGUGACAUCGGACCGACGGGACCGCCUGGCCCUAUGGGACCCCCCGGACCUCAAGGACGUGACGCCGUAGAUGGUGAGCCCGGAUCGCCUGGAAGACCUGGACCGAACGGUGACCCUGGGGACAAGGGACCGACUGGAGACCGCGGCGCGGCGGGCCUGAAGGGACGUGCAGGACAUCGCGGGCGCAGGGGCCGACAGGGAGUGAAAGGAACUCGCGGCUCUGAUGGCGAAAGGGGUCAAGUUGGUCUUCCUGGACUCAACGGCAUUGAUGGCCCUGAGGGAGAACGCGGACAGCAGGGACCAAUAGGAAUGACUGGACCGCCAGGACUUGCUGGAGGCGUCGGUGCCAACGGACCAUCAGGACGAGGAGGUUCACAGGGACCUCCUGGACCUCCCGGCGCUCCUGGUCAGCCCGGACCUCGCGGAAUAAAGGGGCCCCCUGGACGUGCUGGAGGCACGGGAUUGAUGGGGUACUUAGGAGAGCCUGGCGUCGUGGGAGGAGCCGGACCUAAAGGCUCCUCUGGAAGACCGGGUGAUGUCGGACAAGCCGGCGCGUCCGGACCCAAGGGCUCCUCAGGUGACCUUGGAGCUGCUGGACCACAAGGUGAAGCGGGCCCUACUGGAGCGACGGGCAUGACUGGUGACCCAGGCCCACGCGGCGAGCGUGGCUUAGCGGGAAAUGUAGGGAAAUCCGGGAGCAAGGGAGAAUCUGGAGACAAGGGCCAGCCGGGCAAACCUGGAAAACCUGGAUCUAGAGGCCAGGCCGGACCAGCAGGAAAACGGGGAUCUCCCGGCGACACUGGCCCACAAGGGGCACCUGGGCCUGCUGGCAAGAGGGGAAUGACAGGCGCGCAAGGUGUGAUGGGAAGAACUGGCGCCGAUGGACCAAAGGGAAUGAUUGGAGAUAGAGGCGUGCGCGGAGCAGAAGGCAACAAGGGCGAAUCGGGUGCACCAGGCCUAAUCGGAGCCGAGGGACCAGUUGGAGAGGAGGGUGGCCGGGGACGACCUGGCAAGCCUGGUGCCGAUGGCCCUGAAGGUCUCCCGGGACCUGCAGGCGAUGAUGGACGACCAGGCGAGAACGGAGCGCCGGGAUCCCGCGGUAACUCUGGCCCAGCUGGCUUCCCCGGUGCCAAAGGAAAAGUUGGCGCUCCGGGAAAACAAGGCAUGCGCGGUGACAGCGGACCAGCAGGCGCCCAGGGUGAACGUGGUAUUAUUGGUGAGUUAGGGAAGCCUGGAGAGGCCGGCGGACCGGGACAAGCGGGAUCCGCCGGGGAACCAGGCCCAGCAGGGGAGAUGGGUGCUAAGGGGGCCACCGGACCCUCAGGGCCUGCAGGAUCUGACGGACCUUCUGGUAAACAGGGCCCGAAAGGCGAGAACGGACCUGAUGGCCUUAACGGGAAACCUGGGCAAGUCGGCAAAAUCGGGACACGAGGCUCAGACGGCGAAAUUGGAUUACAAGGCGCUACUGGCGAGCGUGGGAACCCUGGCAACGAGGGACAAAGGGGACCUCCUGGACCCGUGGGCGAAGGAGGACCAAACGGUGCCUCUGGACCAGCGGGAAACCCUGGAUAUCAAGGAGCGAGUGGGAAGACCGGUGCCCCAGGAGAAAGUGGAGAUCAAGGAAAAGCAGGCGGUGUUGGGGGCCCGGGAGAACCUGGCAUUGCGGGUACGAAUGGCGCAGACGGAGCAAUGGGACAGCCUGGCGAAAAGGGUACCCCGGGAUUUGGCGGUGAAGUUGGAGUUGCGGGAGAGCCUGGAAGUAAUGGAGACCCGGGUGAGCGAGGUGACCAGGGAGUUAUGGGUCGUCCAGGCUUCCAGGGCUUAGUUGGUAAAGUUGGACCUCUGGGGCCGCUUGGACUUGUCGGACCACGUGGAAUUAAGGGCGUGGCUGGUGAGAGAGGUCUGCCUGGCGGCUUGGGCGAGACCGGACAGCAGGGUAUGCUUGGCCCUGCUGGCGCUAAAGGAGGUCUCGGAGAGCCUGGUACCGACGGUGAUCAAGGUACCCAGGGUGCACCGGGCGCGCAAGGACCACCUGGGCCGACUGGACCUGGCGGCACGGCGGGAGUUCCGGGACCACCGGGGCGUGCUGGACCAAGGGGCCCACCUGGCGAUGCUGGAAUGCAAGGAUCUGACGGAGCAAACGGCCAGCCGGGUCUUCCUGGACGGGAUGGUGUCCCUGGUACCGUGGGUGAGAGCGGACCUCCGGGACCUGCAGGGCCUAUAGGGGCUGUUGGAGACUCUGGCCCAAGAGGAGAGCGGGGCGAGCUAGGCAUCCGAGGAAACAAGGGACCUGUCGGCGUUGAGGGACCGAGGGGAGAUUCAGGAGAUGGUGGAAGCGAUGGAAAGGCUGGAAAAGAAGGCAAAGCCGGUGAUCGUGGAGCUAUCGGCAAAACCGGAAAUGCGGGACUGCCCGGAAGCACGGGUGCUCCUGGUGCAGCUGGGUCAGAUGGCUCUGUCGGAAAGCAAGGAAGGAAGGGUAUUACCGGUGACCGUGGUGCCCAAGGAAAGACUGGUAAACAGGGACCAACAGGAACACCUGGCACUGUUGGUUUACGAGGCGUGACUGGCCCAGACGGUUCCAACGGACAACCCGGCCGGCAAGGAGAGCCGGGUAAACAAGGACUCCCUGGUGAAUCCGGUGCCCAAGGCGACAGUGGAGAUGAAGGUGAUGGUGGUGCGAAGGGUGAUAAGGGAGAGCGUGGAACUGGCGGGUCCACUGGUCCACAGGGAUCCCAAGGGCCAAAGGGAGUGUUCGGUGGCGUUGGCCUUGAUGGAGCUGAGGGAGAGCAAGGAGCGAGGGGAAAAUCUGGUGACUUUGGCCCUAUUGGUCCUCCUGGCCCUCUAGGACCCCCCGGUCCAAUCGGAGGUCUGGGGCCAUCCGGGCAGAAGGGAGACCGUGGAAUGCAGGGACCUGAUGGACUACGCGGAACCCCAGGACCUCCCGGCCCACCUGGACCAGCGGGAACUGUUGGAGCGCGAUGGACAUCAGAAGCGCUUCAGUCUUACGAGUUAGGAACACAAAAGACUCGUGAAAACCGCCUCUAUCGCAGCUCCAAAUCUGAAGGCUCCAAUUCAGAAGCGGAAGAGCCCGUCGACAUAUUCAGCGAGUAUAUCAGGCUGAAUUUCGAGCUUCAGAACUACAAGUAUCCCAUCGGCAGCAAGAUGUAUCCAGCACGCACUUGCAGAGAUCUACACAUGUGUCAUCCCAAGCUGAAGAGCGGUAACUAUUGGAUUGACCCGAAUGAGGGCAUUCCCGAUGACAGCAUCCAAGUCUACUGCGACUUUGAGAACAACUCUACUUGUAUCUUCCCCAAUAAUCAGACCAGGGGAAUGGAGAGUCCUCGAAGGAAGUGGUUCUCUGGUCCUGAUGGCUACAAAUGGUUUGGUAAAGAACUUCGAGGAUUUGGCACGAUGAAGUAUUUGGCUGAGCCGAGCCAGCUCGCCUUCCUUCGCCUGCUGAGUGACCGCGCACGCCAGAAUGUAACAUAUCACUGCCGUAACUCGGCCGCGUGGUCGAGCGGAAAGGGAGACUUGAAUCACUCCAUCAAAAUCAAGGGCGACAACGGCGUCGAGCUCCAUGCUAGCAGCUCUAACAAGUUCAAGCCCCAGAUAAUACGUGACGACUGCCAUAUUAAAGACGGCAAGUGGCGCCAAACAAUAAUAACAGUCGACACAAGCAAGCCACACAGGCUACCCGUCUUGGAUGUGGCAGUGUUUGAUAUCGGAGGACAAGGGGAAGAAUUCGGACUAGAUAUAGGCCCUGUCUGCUUCUCUUAAUACCAUCAUGCAAAUAGCCAACAAUCUAACUUAAUAGCAACAGUUGCAUUAUAUGGAGUCUUGUUUAUUUUCAACAUUUCUUAAAGUAAAACGUUUAUUUGUCAGUUUGUCUUCCAAAAUCCGGGAUAGAACCCCCAUUCCUGACAUCAUACUCAUUAAGCGAGUCAUUAAAUUCUCCCUUUCUCGGCUUUAUUAGAAUGUCAGCGUCCCUCAGUAUAAAUAGAAACGUGUGUACGGCGAUAGUUAUUCAAUUUCUAGUUUUAAGUUUAUUGAUAAUAUUCCUGUGAAUAAGAUUUACAAACAUGCUGUUUAUUAUAAUUGAAAGUACAAUAAACGAUCGGGAAGUUUUAAGGGAAACUUGCUCAACAUAA